CUGAAAUGUUCCCUCACACGUCCUAUCACCUCACUCUGUUUUCUUCUCUUUCUUCUUUCUUCUCUCUUCUCUCUCUCUCUGCCUCUCUGUGUUGCCUAUGUGACUCUACGACUCGAAUCGUACAGAGCAAUUAGUUCUCGCCGGCGAUUUUAAACCGAUCGCCGAGACUAAAUCAGUUAAUGCGAUCAAACUCAUUAGCUUAAUUCAGCUCCGGCUUCCACUACCACUGCUCCACCUGAUUUUGAUUUCUCCGGCGAUCGCCAAAACGCAUCGUUUAGUGUUUCGUUCUGUUGUUUUUUUGGCGUUUUGAGCUCCGAUCAUGUUUUUGACUUAGUGGUGUGUGGUCCUCCUUGUCGGUCGAUCUCCGCCGUUGAUCGACGGUGAGAGAUAGGGGAAUUGAGCUAGGGGAGUGAAAUCGGAGUCAUGUUGGAUCUUAAUCUCAGCGUGGUGGGAUCGUCGUCGGAGCAAAACGACCUCUUCGUCGUCGGUUCGGUUCCCGGUAUGUUUCCGGAAGGCUCCGGCAGCGCGACGCAAAUGGACGAGUCCGGGACGUCGAACUCGUCCGUCGUCAAUGCCGACGCCUCCAGCACCAACGACGACUCGUCCUCCGCACGCGCCGCCGUGACGACGUUCAACUUCGAUAUUCUCAAGGUCGGUGGAGGAGAAGGAGACGACGUCGUUGUGACGAAGGAGCUGUUUCCGGUGAACAGUUGGCCGGGGGAGGGGCAGGGGCAGCAGUACUCGCCGGCAUCAUCGUCGGCGAGGCACAACUUGAUCGAGCUUGGCGGGCCCGCGGAGGUGAGGUUGGUUGAGCAGAAACAGCCACAGCCACAACCACCGCCACCGCCACCACAACAACCGCAGGUGAAGAAGAGCAGGAGAGGGCCCAGGUCUCGGAGUUCUCAGUACAGAGGGGUCACUUUCUAUAGAAGAACUGGUAGAUGGGAAUCGCAUAUUUGGGAUUGUGGCAAACAAGUGUAUUUGGGUGGAUUUGACACUGCUCAUGCUGCUGCUAGAGCCUACGAUCGAGCUGCGAUUAAGUUCAGGGGAGUUGAUGCUGAUAUCAAUUACAAUCUCAGUGAUUAUGAGGAGGAUAUGAAACAGAUGAAGAAUUUGACCAAGGAAGAAUUCGUGCACAUACUACGUCGGCAGAGCACUGGUUUCUCGAGGGGGAGCUCAAGAUAUAGAGGGGUUACACUGCACAAAUGUGGUCGUUGGGAAGCUCGAAUGGGGCAAUUCCUUGGCAAAAAGUAUAUAUAUCUUGGGCUAUUCGACAGUGAAGUAGAAGCUGCAAGGGCUUAUGACAAGGCAGCUAUCAAAUGUAAUGGAAGGGAAGCUGUCACCAACUUUGAGGCAAGUACUUAUGAAGGGGAGAUGAUAUCUGACGCUGUUAAUGAAGAUGGCAAUCACAAUCUUGAUCUGAAUUUGGGAAUAUCUCCUCCUUCAUUUGGUAAUGGUCAGAAGCAAGGCGAGGGGCAUCUUCAGUUCCAUUCUGGCCCUUAUGAGGGGCAAAAUGGAAAGAAUAUGAGGAUGGUGCCCAAUGCAAAUGCAACAAUGACUGCUCCACCUUUCAGAGGCGUAAUAAUGACAUCAGAGCACCCUCCUUUAUGGAAUGGUGUAUAUCCUAGUUUCCUUCCGAAUCAGGAAAUAGCAAUAGAGAAGAGAAUUGCAUUAGGAUCUCAAGGACCUCCCAAUUGGGCUUGGCAAAUGCAUGGCCAGGUCAGUGCCCCAAUGCCACUGUUCUCUACUGCAGCAUCAUCAGGAUUCUCAUUUACAGCUACCACUCCGUCCGCUGCUGUCCUCCCCGUAAUCCCCUCGAACCAAACCGCCCUCAAUCUCUGUUUUACAUCUUCAGCCACGGCCGCCCACCAUACGUCUCAAUAAAACCAUUAUCACAUUGAAGCGGUGGUAGCCGAUUGCCUCCAUAUAUUCAAAGGGCAUCCACAACAAACUGGCCGGUGGUCCUUCAGAUUCUUUGUAUGUGAUUCAAAUAGAGAUUGAUACAUACACUAGUACACCACCAACUGACUCCAUGUUUAUCAACCACACUGAACUCUAUUUGUAUUUGUUCUCUGAAAUAUGUUAUAGCUGACCUGAGCUCUAAUGUAAAGUUUCAACUUUCAAGUUCUCAUGGUGGCGCUCGUAUUCUAAGACGGUUGCCGAUCUGAAUGUUUGUUUGUUUAAUGUAAACCGUAUAAUGCUUUCCAGCAUAUGGGACACAGAAGUAUUUGUACUUGUCCCAAGUUUAGAAAAGCCAUGUAGAGGAAUAAUUAUAGUUGCUAUAUACUCUGUCCAAAACAAAA